GACCUCCGCUGACCUGUUCGUCCCCGACCACUGACCUACAUAAGCCAAGCCCCAAAGGAGCAGACAAAAAUGGAGGAGGGGAGGGGAAAUUUUUUCGGCAGGAACGCGAUAAGGAGAAGGAAGCUAGCUUGAGGCCUCGAUUCCUGCCCUGCCUGGUACACUAAAAGUGACCAGCAGAUUCAUCGGAAAAAAGGUGACCUGAAGAUGGUGUCGGGGUAAACACAUUGGCUUAAAGCGUGAGGAAGUAUAGCAUUCGGUUCAAAACUGCUGCUUAACAAGGAAGGGUAUCGAGCUAAUGUGCUGAGUGGCUUUCCAGUUUACGGCCGUGCCCCCAUAUUGAAUCACAGUGUAAAGUUGAAGAAAACAAACAUUCUUUACUGAUGGAUCACCCUGGAAAUGUUACUCCUCGUGAUCACGCGAUUGACAUGCCAAGGAAUGAUCUCACAUUACCAUCAACAUCUCAUCCAGACAAUCAUAAUGACUUGGAUGAGUUGAACCGCAUCAGAGGUCCUUCAAGUGAAGUUCCUCCUGUCCCAGAAAGUUCUUCUAGCACAACUGGUACACUUAACUUUCGAAGCGCAUCUUUCACGAGAAGGGAUCAGGGCAAUCGUCAGCAGAAUCCUCUGAAUUCUGGCCUAUGGAUCUCAAUUGAGCUUAUUGUAAAUGUUAGCCAGAUUAUAGCUGCUAUUGCUGUCCUGUCGGUAUCAAGGAAUGAGCAUCCACGUGCUCCAUUAUUCGAGUGGGUUGUUGGUUAUAUAAUAGGUUGUGUUGCUACUAUUCCUCAUCUGUAUUGGCGCUAUCUCCAUCGCAAUUGCCAAAACAUCGAGCAGGAACCAACAACCCAGGGUUCAUCUCAAAGGAACAUAUCCGAGUCUGAUUCUUUUGCACCGAUUUCAUCUGCUCGUGCAUCAGAAGUUGGGAAUGAAGAUAACAGUACUGGAGUCUCGAGAAAUAAUUUCCCGAUUGCAAGUCCAAGGGUCUAUGCAUUGAUUGCCUGCUUGAAGUUGGCUCUGGAUUGUUUCUUUGCCGUGUGGUUUGUUGUGGGGAACGUGUGGAUAUUUGGUGGCCGUUCUUCUGUCCAUGAUGCUCCUAACUUGUACAGGCUGUGUAUAGUGUUCCUUACAUUCGGCUUCAUCGGCUACGCCUUGCCUUUCAUCCUCUGUACAAUGAUAUGCUGCUGCCUACCCUGCAUAAUCUCCAUGGUAGGCUUCCACGAGGAUUUGGAUCUAAACAAAGGUGCUACCACAGAAGUAAUCGAUGCUCUGGUGGCGUACAAGUACAAGUCAAUGAGGAUUCGUGACGGAGAUGUGGGCGAAGACAAUGGCGGAGUCCUGGGAGCUGGAACUGACAAAGAGAGGACCAUUUCUGCCGAAGACGCUGUUUGCUGCAUCUGCUUAUCAAAGUUCUCGAACAACGAAGACCUAAGGGAGCUUCCAUGCGCUCACGUCUUCCACAUGGAAUGCAUCGACAAAUGGCUCAAGAUCAACGCGCUGUGCCCUCUCUGCAAGUCUGAGCUCGGUGGGUCGACGGCAGCCCCAGCAGACACUGCCACAGGAGGGCACCAGCAGAACGACAGCAGAGUAGGAGACGAUGUCGAGUCGCAGCAAUAGCUGCUGUACUCGUGGUUUCCUCCCAUGAGCACGGGGGGCGAGGAGGGAACACGCCCUUUCAUGCGGCGCACACCGGUUUUUAACCUCUGAAAUUUACAUGACACAAGACUAUACUUAGGACCCGGCAACAGAAGACCAUUUCCUUUUUGUUCCCUGACGGAAGAAGGGAACUGGCUCGUACAUAUUGUAUAUACUCUCACAUCUGGUAGCUAGUAAUCAAUCGGUAUUUAUGAAAUGUGGCCAUUCACCAGAAAAGUGUUCAUGCCUUGUUUGGAACAUCGGAAUUUUCUCGGAAACAUGCAGAAAUUGAAUUGUUUCAUGUGAAA